CAACCAUAUCAUAUGAUUUUGAGUUCACAGUUUCCACUUCUCCAACUCUAAUGACCUUUUUCUUAGCUACCCAAACAGCAUGAAGCCCCUACAACAUGGCAUGUUGAGUUCAAAACAGCCCGAAGUUACUUUACAAAUUUUAGAUGAGUAUUCAAAGUUGGGAUCUGGUUAGGAUACUGCAAAUCGGGGAAGAAGAAAUUACAGUACCAGCAGCGAGUGAGCUCUGUUAAGGCAUCCAGAAAGAAAAGAAACAAUGUGGCAUCAUAAAUGCGGGUGCAACGCCACCCCAACUAACCCACAUACUCUCCACCAAAUUACGCAAUGGGGUAUUUACUCUUAUCGUACUUCUGUUCCACCACUUUACCAUCUACCAUCACCUUCUAUAAAACCAAACACUUCACUCAAGCCCACUGCACCACUGCUCCUCCCUCUCUACAGACUUUCCAGCUUGCUUUCCUCCCAAGCCUAGCAACGAACAAUGAGAGAGAUGCAAGGGAAGCUCAUCAAGCAGCAGGCUCGUAGCGAAGCAGGAGUGAUGUGGGUUCUGGUAGCUGCUGCUUUGCUCUCCCACAACUUGGCCGUCCCAGUGAUGGCAUCCUCCCAGCUGAUUGGAGAGCAGAAGAACUACUACCCCCCAGAUCCACAUUCCAGGACUCCCCCUUCAGGUUCUCACACUCCAACUCCAUCGCAUGGUACUUCUUCACCUCCACACCACUCUACACCGUCUCAUGGAGGAGGUUACCAUCCCACUCCCUCAAAUCCUCCAACUGGGAACUGUGGAACCCCACCUUCUGUUCCAACUCCCACCACUCCAACUGAUCCGACUACUCCAUCAACUCCCCCUUCCGGAGGCGGCGGCGGAUACGUCCCUUCACCUUCCCCACCAACCGGCGGAGGCGGCGGAUAUGUCCCUUCACCUUCCCCACCAACUAGCGGAGGCGGCGGUGGUAUUCUGACUCCCCCGACUCCUAUCAUCGGCGGCAGCCCCCCGACCAUUCCUAUCAUCGGCACCCCUUCUACGCCUCCAUUUGUCAUUGAUCCAAACUCUCCCUUCUCAUGCAACUACUGGAGGAACCACCCAGCAAUCAUCUUUGGGCUGCUAGGGUGGUGGGGCACACUGGGCAACGCCUUUGGAGCUCCCAGCCUGCCGGGCCUUGGACCCUCCACCAGCCUUCCCCAGGCUCUCUCCAACCCUCGAAGGGAUGGCUAUGGAACUCUCUACCGAGAAGGGACUGCUGCACUGCUCAACUCCAUGGUCACCAACAGGUUUGCUUUCACCACCAACCAGGUGAGGGAGAGCUUCGUUUCGGCGCUGGGAUCCAACAAGGCUGCUGCUGCUCAGGGACGUGUCUUCCAGAUGGCCAAUGAAGGACGUCUCAAGCCCAGAAACUAGCUUUGGUAGUAGAGGUUGAGAGUCAGUUGUCGUCGGAUGUAAGGUGUUUGUUCUGUUCACCACCACCAUUAUCAUAGUCUGCAAGUGGUCUUCUGUCAGUUAUCAAUUACUUAGAAUUUCUACAUUUUAUAUGCUGAUGUUGCUCUGUUUUAUGUGUUUGUUACUUUAGUAAUGUCUUUUAUGUUUAUCCCAUUGAAGAGGACAGCUCUAGAGUGUUAUGGAUUUGGAUGUUAAAGUUUUAAUGCUUCACAAGCCAUUGCAGUGAGUUUUCAUUAUCGG